AUGUCGGCCGCAGAGCCCUCGUCCCCUCCGGACGUCAUGAACGACCCGCACUUCGACCCGAAUCAGAGCAGUGACAAGUCGCCCGCCGAAGGCGAUACCUGUAGAAUUUGUCGGAGUGAGGGUUCCGCCGCAGAGCCGCUCUUCUAUCCCUGCAAAUGUAGUGGCAGCAUCAAGUUUGUUCACCAGGACUGCUUGAUGGAGUGGCUGUCGCAUUCACACAAGAAACACUGCGAGCUUUGCAAGACGCCUUUCCGCUUCACAAAGCUCUACGAUUCGCACAUGCCUCAGGCUCUGCCGCUGCCCAUCUUCGUCAAAAGAGCCUGUCUACACACCAUGAAUCUUGUCCUGACCUGGGCUCGCGCUGUCACUGUCGCCCUCGUCUGGCUGGUCGUGCUUCCCUGGUGCAUUCGCUGGUCAUGGAGAGGCCUCUUCUGGGUCUUGGAUGCUGGUUGGGCAAGAGAUCCUUGGUUGGCAAAGAUGGCUCACUCUGCCCAACCGCUUGUCAACUCCACGUCGCCUAGCGCCACUCCCAACGACAAAGAACCCUUCGGCCUGAGCCUUUCACGAUUCCUUCUCAACAGUCUAUUCUAUCCUUUGAAGCCCCUGGCGCAACCAGUCUUCCAAUACUCCCCAAACUCAACAUCUGAAACCUCAUUUGUGCCGCCCUAUUCCAGCUUGUUGUCCGACGUCAAAGCUGUGAACAACCUGACAUCUCAUGUCUGGCUCAACCGCUUUAUCCUCGAUGUGCUCGAAGGUGACAUUAUCACUAUCAAUGUCGUAGUCGCUUUCAUUCUGGUCUUCCUUAUCCGAGAGUGGGUCGUCCAACAGCAACCCAUAAUCAACGCCGCUGCCCAUAUCCGCGAUGCAGAAAUACAACUAGACGUUGCCGAACGGGCUGCUCAGCGCCUCCAACAUCUAGAGGCCGCAGCCUUGCAAAACGAGGACCUCCGACCGAAUCUGGAACGUUAUCGCCACAACUUCGAGCAGCCGCCAUCCGAGGGCGAGGCUUCUGGAGACCAUGAGGCCCACUUCAUUGGUUGGUAUGCUAUGGAGACACUCAUGGACAAUGCCGGUGUACCUCACGAAUUUGAGGGUGAAGACCACGAGGACUUCAUGGAAGCAUUCGAGGAAGCCGGCGAGGAACUGCUGGAACAGAUCAGGCUUGCCGAAGACGCUAGCAUAUCCUCCACUGAAAUCGCCGCAAAUUUAUGGGCUAUCCUGGGGAAUCUAGAUCCGACAGAACAUGACUUGUGGCGCGAAUUUCUGCUCCGAGAGGGCCAAACUAAGUAUAUGUUGUUGAGCAAUCUUCCACAUGACAGCAUCGGUUCCUCUGAUAGCGAGCACAGCGAAGGUGAUCAUGCGUCCACUGAGCACGACAUUCAAGGCGACAAUGAUGAAGUCAAUGAUCAGGAUGGGUCACAAAGACGCCCAGCGAUGCCCCCGAGGGACGCAUCGUCUCACGCACAACGAGUCUUACAGUCGCUUGAGGAGCCUUCUAGCGAUGUCGCGAAUGAAUAUCGUGGACUCGAUGCGGACACUGACCGUGUCAGCAGUAGUGGAAGCUGGCAAUCACCAGAUCUAGGGGGGCGUAGGGAGGAUGGUCUGCAAAGUACCCUCGGAGAUCCCGAACACACCUCAGUACGACAAUCUUCCGACGUCCUUGAUCGGCCUGUUGAAACUGCUGCUGAAGAUCAAAAUGCUCAACUGCAAGAACCCUCGAUCCAUGUGAUCCAGCCAGCUGAACGUCGUAAAGACCCAUUGUCCAGAUUAUUUGACUGGUUCUGGGCCGACGUCUUGAUCGAAGAGGAUGAGGUUGACCCGAUACCAGGAAUUUUGGACGAAGAAAUAUUCCGUGGCGAAGCAGAAGAUCACCCAGUCAUCCAUUUCGAGGGCGGACCGCACGACCAUGAGCCUGAUAUUCCUCAAGAUCCUGAAGUCGUCCAAGCCGUGGCUGACGCAGAUCUGGACGCUGAAGCUAUCGAAGACGCCGAGGAUCUCGAGGGCGUUCUUGAGUUGAUUGGAAUGCAUGGCCCUCUGGUUGGUCUGGCCCAAACAGCCAUGUUCUGCGGUGUCCUUAUCACAGCUACGCUCUGGAUCGCGAUUGGCGUACCUUACGGUUUUGGAAAGCUCGCAUUACUCUUCCUUGGUGAUCCAGUUUCAUCCUUGAUCACAACCCCUCUCCGCUUUGUUUCCGUCAUUGCAGACGCAAUUGUCGACGUCACUGUGUAUGUUGGCGGUGCAGCUACAUACUUCGGUUCCCAGUUGCUUACAAAACUGCUCUCGAUAUUCCUUGGCUCUAUCAUUCAAAAGUCUGCUCUGGGAUAUGUGGACUCUCUGGCCAGACGCGCCCACCACGCAGCAAAUGGAGCUGGUGCUCGUUUGAGUGACUUGCUGGAUGGCGAUGGACCACUGGAGCUGGGACCUUUGAUGAAGUCUAUCGAAGCCCGCCAGUCUCUCCUCAACUUGAAAUCGGAGUUUACUCAUAUUCUAAAGUUCAUUGCUGGAUGUGUGUCUAGUACCUUAUACCACUUACAAAACUCCUCAGUGUCGGAUGUAUUCGAGACUGUUGUGGAUAGUGCCGCUAAGUUGUUCCAGCACACAGCGACCAGCUAUGCCUGGACCCGUACAGUCUUGAGAGAGGGGCUGUCGGAAGCCAUAAACGAUGGCACCUUCACGUUCACCGUCAACAAGAAUCUUGGCCCACCGGAUCCUUCUCUCGCAAUCUGGACAACCGAAGAUCGCUGCCUAACUGUUCUGGCUGGAUAUAUCCUGCUCGUCAUUGUUGGAACGCUGUAUCUGAUGCGCAAGGAACCGCUUUUCAGCUCAUCAAGCCUGCAAGCCAUCGAGAAAAGCUUCGCAGAUCUUCUCAAACAGGCUGGUGGUGUACUCAAAGUCAUCUUGAUUAUCAGUAUCGAAAUGCUGGCGUUUCCACUUUACUGCGGCAUACUCCUUGAUUCUGCACUGCUCCCCCUCUUCGAGAAAGCAUCAUUCGCGACACGUUUUGCAUUUGCCAGUCGAUCGCCGUGGCUGUUCGUGUUUCUGCAUUGGUUCUUCGGAACAUGCUACAUGUUCCACUUCGCUUUAUUCGUGUCUAUGUGCAGAAGGAUCUUACGUAAAGGCGUUCUGUACUUCAUCAGAGAUCCAGACGACCCAACCUUCCACCCAGUCCGUGACGUCCUGGAGCGUACUGUCACCACCCAGCUUCGCAAGAUUGCAUUUAGUGGCCUUGUGUAUGGUGGAUUGGUGAUAGUGUGUCUUGGUGGGGCUAUCUGGACCACUUCUCGAUUUGGAGUGUUCCCCAUUCGAUGGGCAAGACCAGAGGCGAAUCUAGAGUUCCCCAUUUAUUUCAUGGGAUACAAUCUUUUUGCUCCCUUAGUAGCGCUUUAUUUGUAUCCUUCCAAGGGGAUGGAGAAGGUUUUUGGAAGAUGGCUCAAGCUCUGCGCACGCUCGCUGCGCCUUUCUCAAUUCCUCUUCGGCGAGCGACGCACGAUCGAAGAAGGCCAAUUGGCAGAAGAAUCAUGGGCCAGUAAGCUCAAUCCCUGGAGAGAUCAGCGUGCCAUCACCAACUCAGAACAUUUUAUCAAGGACGGCAAGUACGUUCGAGCACCUGCCACCGAUCAAGUCAGAAUCCCCCGGGGUGAGAGAGUAUUCCUCGAAGUCAGCGAGAUCGACCAGAGAGUGGAUGGUACAGAUACCUCCAACGGGAUCCACGGCCGACAGCCCGAGAACUUCAUCCAGGUGUAUAUCCCUCCUUGGUUCCGUGUACGCAUCCUUACUUUCAUUUCGUUUUUAUGGAUGUUUGCUAUUGCCAUGGGCUUCGGAGUCACUGUCGUGCCCAUGCUCGUUGGCCGUCAGAUCAUAUCGAUCUUGACUCCCCGUCAUGUCAUGCCUAACGACCUUUAUGCUUUUGCUAUUGGUAUCAUCUUUCAAGGCAUGGUUCUCCAAGCUCUAUUCAAUGGACGAGAAGGACUCAGAAGCAUCAGACAAACGACCUCGAAGCAAAACUUGGCUGCCAUCAGAACCAAUAUCCAGAGGCGGGCGUUGCGUCUGCUUCGAAGCGCCUAUGUGUAUGGGUUCGCAGUCGUCGUUGUUCCGACCCUCUUCGCUCUUGUCCUGCAACUUUAUCUCAUCUUGCCUCUCCGUACAUAUAUGGGCCCCGUACUUGCAGUGGUACCUCACACUUUCCAUGUUCUCCAGGAUUGGACGAUAGGGUUCAUCUACGGGCGAGUGGUGUUGCGUCUGCUGUUGUUGUCGCGCAAUUCUCGACCAGCAUCAGCACUACGAAUGAUCACUCGCGAUGGUUUCACCAACCCCAAUGUGAAAUUGGCAACUCGCGCCUUCAUUUUGCCGACACUACUGGUGUUCUCUGUCGUCUUGAUAUGCCCUCCCUUAGUGGUCUCGAUAUUGGACGUCACAAAUUUGAUAUCUGCUAGCACUCGCACCAAGGUGUAUCGAUACAGCUAUCCAAUUUGUGCCAGUCAGGUGCUUGGAUUGUGGUGUACAUGGGCACUGAGAGAGGGACUGCGUCGAUGGAGAGGUCGCAUCAAGGAUGAGGUGUAUCUUAUUGGAGAGCGACUCCACAACUUGGGCGAAAGAAGGCCGCCAGAGGGAAGCAAGAGUGUGGUUCGUAGACAUGACUGA